CAACAGAAAAAAAAAUUUAAUUGCUUUUCACUGUUCCCACCAUCACCACCGCCACCACCACCACGAAUUUUUCUGACGCCUGUCACUGAUAUCGAUCCAAAUUAUGUGUGUGUGUGUGGUAUUCUACAACGUUUCAAUUGGAAAACAGUAUUUUUUCUAUACACUGAUCAUAAUGACCGUUCAAAAGGUCAUUCACUUUGUUAUUUUUCAUUAGCAUCAGUUUUCAUGUCAAUGGGACCAAAAGCAGUGGAAUUGAAACGUAGUUUUGAUGAAGAACAAGAAUUUGCUUAUGAAGAUUAUCUUCAAGAUGCAUCAAUGAAAUCAAGAAUAAUCAUAAUGUGUGCCAAAAAAGAGACCGUCCGCAAGAUAAUGAUUGCUGCCUAUCAACUAAAAAUGAUUCAAACUGGUGAAUAUGUAUUCAUCAAUGUUGAAUUGACUACAGGGUUGGAUGCUGCACAACGUCCUUGGGAACGUGAAGAUGAUACAAUGGAAAAUAAUUUCAUUGCAAAAGAAGCUUAUACAGCAUUGAUACGUGUUACACCGAAAAUGCCUCAAACAUCUACUAUUAAUUCAUUUCUAGAAUCUGUACAGAAAAUUGCACGUGAUGAAUUUGAUAUUAAUUAUGGACGUGAAGAGGUUAGCACAUAUGUAACAGCAUUCCACGAAGCGGUUCAUAUAUAUGCAUUGGGAUUGAAUGACACAUUAUCUGAAGGUCAUCAUGUAAUUAAUGGAACAAUGAUAACGAGAAAAAUCUGGAAUCGUACAUUUACCGGUAUUGCUGGCAAUGUAACCAUCGAUUCAAAUGGUGAUCGAUUAGUUGAUUAUACAUUGUUCGAUAUGAAUCCAAUAACCGGUGAUUUUGAAGCCGUAAUGAUCUUUGAUUCAUUAUCACAACAAUUUUUUGAAGUUGAAGGAAAAAAAAUUCAUUGGCCAAAUAAUCGUGAAGGUCCACCACCGGAUACACCACCAUGCGGAUUUGAAGGCGAACUUUGUCUCGCUGAAGCUGAAUUACGAUCACAAUUAGUAUUGAUCAUCACUGCCGUGGUUUUAUCAUUUUUAUUAUUAUUUUUAUUUGUCGUAUUUAUUCUUGUUUAUCGCCAUUAUCGAUUGGAAGCUGAACUUGCAUCGAUGACAUGGAAAAUUCGUUGUGAAGAUAUUGUCACUGCAAGUUCAGAUAUGAUGUAUAUGGCUAAAAUUGGUUCACGUAUGAGUCUAGCUAGGACCUCAUUAUCAUCAGAUACAAUGCCAUUAAUGAAUGGAACAAGAAAUAUUUGUGGCCAAAAUUCAUUACCAAGAAAUGGUAUCUAUCGUGGUGUUUUGGUUUCAUUGAAACCAAUUGAAAAACAACGUAUCGAGCUAACACGAUUAUUAUUGAUUGAAUUAAAAAAUAUGAAAAAUUUACAACAUAAUCAUUUAGUUACAUUUAUUGGUGCUUGUAUUGAUCAACCACAUGCAUCAUUUCUUGUAACAGAAUAUUGUCCUAAAGGUUCUUUACAAGAUAUACUUGAAAAUGAUGAAAUAAAAUUGGAUUGGAUGUUUCGUUAUUCAUUGAUGCAUGAUAUUAUUAAAGGUAUGGCAUAUCUACAUUCCAGCGAAAUGCAUGUACAUGGUAAUCUUAAAUCAUCAAAUUGUGUGGUCGACAGUCGAUUUGUGUUGAAAAUAACCGAUUUUGGUCUUCAUUCAUUACGACAACAAGAUUAUACACCUACAAAUCGAUCACCAAUGUUACCACAUAAUGUUGACGAUACUCAUUAUGCAUAUUGGCGAAAAAAAUUAUGGACAGCACCGGAACUAUUACGAUUGUGGCUUAAAUCAUCUGAAUGUAAUGAUAAUAAACAAAUACAGCAAUUACAUUCACAAUUCAUGCAUGGUACACAGAAAGGCGAUGUCUAUAGUUUUGCAAUCAUUUUACAUGAAAUCAUUCUACGACAAGGCGUAUUUUAUUUGGGUGAAGAAAAUACUCAAAGUCCAAGAGAUAUCAUUUACCAACUUGCCAAUAAUAAUGGAAAUAAUUCAACAGAACAUUCAACAUCACCAUUACUACUACGGCCAUUAUUAGAAGAACAUAUGGCCGAUGAAGCCGUAUUACAAAUGGUACGACGAUGUUGGCAUGAAGAUCCAAAUGAACGGCCAGAUUUUGUAUCAUUACAAUCAAUCAUUCGUCGGAUCAAUAAAGAAAAUGAAAGUUCAAAUAUAUUGGACAAUCUACUUAAACGUAUGGAACAAUAUGCUACCAAUUUAGAAUCAUUAGUACAAGAACGUACAGCCGAUUAUCUGGAAGAAAAACGUAAAGCUGAAGAUUUACUAUAUCAAUUGUUGCCAAAAUCGGUAGCCAGCCAAUUGAUUAGUGGUGAAUCAGUUCGUGCUGAAGCAUAUGAUUCAGUGACUAUUUAUUUUUCCGAUAUUGUUGGUUUCACUAAUAUAUCGGCACAAAGUACACCGAUGCAAGUUGUAAAUCUACUCAAUGAUCUUUAUACAUGUUUUGAUUCGAUUCUGGAGAAUUUUGAUGUAUAUAAAGUGGAAACAAUUGGUGAUGCUUAUAUGGUUGUAUCUGGUGUACCAGUACGAAAUGGUGAACGUCAUGGUGGUGAAAUUGCACGAAUGUCAUUGGCAUUGUUGAAUGCUGUACGAUCAUUUAAGAUUAGACAUCGUCCUGAUGAAAAACUAAUGCUAAGAAUCGGUAUACAUACUGGUUCUUGUGCUGCUGGUGUUGUUGGUUUAAAAAUGCCAAGAUAUUGUUUAUUUGGUGAUACUGUCAAUACAGCGUCUAGAAUGGAAUCAACUGGACAAGCCCUUAGGAUUCAUGUCAGUUCAUAUACGAAAACAUUGUUGGAUAAAUUAUCCGAAUUCGAUCUUGUCCUACGUGGUGAAAUUGAUGUUAAAGGAAAAGGUAAAAUGACUACCUAUUGGCUACAGGGCAUGAAAACCAAUCAUCAUCAACAUUUAAAUGGAUCAAAUUCGAAUGUAGAAAAUUGUUGUUGUGAUUUAGAUUGUAUACAGGACAUUGGUGAUGUAUCAUCAUAUUCAGAAAUACCAUCACAAAAUUCACAAUCAGGUUCACAUUAUGAGCUUCAACAAUUACCACAACAAUCCAAACAGCAACCGACAACAUUAUCAACACAACAAGAUUCAUCUAUGAAUAAUAAUUCUUCUUCUCCACCAACAAAUCUCCCAACAACAGCUUAACCAAAUUCCAAAGUACCGAUCCAGAAAAAAAAUAUUAAUUUCAACAUCCAACAUCAUCAUAUUCGAACCUUGUGAUUUACCUUAUUAUUAUUGU